GAAGAAGAAGACAACCCGGAAGUGCGGCUCCCAAACAGACUCCCGUAACGAGUGAAGCUCCGCGGAUCUCCUCCUCCCGUGAACGGCCGUCACACACCGGACCUCCCGCUGCGACGAUGGGCACCCGAGACGACGAGUACGACUACCUGUUCAAAGUGGUCCUCAUCGGGGACUCCGGCGUGGGCAAGAGCAACCUGCUGUCCCGCUUCACGCGCAACGAGUUCAACCUGGAGAGCAAGAGCACCAUCGGGGUGGAGUUCGCCACGCGCAGCAUCCAGGUGGACGGCAAGACGGUGAAGGCCCAGAUCUGGGACACGGCCGGCCAGGAGCGCUACCGGGCCAUCACGUCUGCGUACUACCGCGGGGCGGUUGGGGCGCUCCUCGUAUACGACAUCGCCAAGCAUCUGACCUACGAAAACGUGGAGCGCUGGCUGAAGGAGCUGAGGGAUCACGCCGACAGCAACAUCGUCAUCAUGCUGGUGGGCAACAAGAGCGACCUGCGCCACCUCCGGGCCGUCCCCACCGACGAGGCGCGGGCCUUCGCCGAGAAGAACGGUUUAUCUUUUCUGGAGACGUCGGCUCUGGACUCCACCAACGUCGAGACGGCCUUCCAGACCAUCCUGACAGAGAUCUACCGCAUCGUCUCCCAGAAGCAGAUGUCGGAGCGCCAGGAGAGCGACAUGUCUCCUAGCAACAACGUGGUGAACAUCCAGGUGCAGCCCACCGAGAACAAACCAAAGAUGCAAUGCUGUCAGAACAUCUAGCCCCGCCCCCCCCCCCCCCCCCCCCCCCCACACACACACACACACACACACACACACACCUCCUUUAAACCCCGCCCCUCAGUAAAUAGACUGCCUCCGAGGCUGUGACCCGGACUCUGUACCCCCCCUCCCCCCAGGUACAUAUAUCCUAGUACAAGAAGUCACCGCAUGGGGUGACCCCCCCCACCCCCCCACCCCAAGCAGAGCCCCCCUGUCGUCAGGCUACUGCAGGACAGCAUUUCAUAUCACUUUAGAUUUCAUUACUGUAGAUGCGCUGACGUGUCACGACAAUGUCUUAAUAUAUGAAUGUGAUUUUGUUUGUUCUUCAUACUUUUGUGCUCAUUUCUCCAUAUUUUUAUGAUCUCUCUCGUUUCAUAACAUCUACUUUGAGGUAGAUGUGAAUUUAAAGCACAUCAAAGUGUACUCCCAUUUAUAUAUACAAGCUCUGUCAAUUUAGGCUCCGCCCCCUCUCUUUAGUGCAAUGUACUGUUUUUGGAAAAUCAAAACCUUGUGAUUGUAUUGAGCGUCACGCCGUUUUGAACGCGGGACCUUUUUUAAUUUUUUAUUAUUUAGUCUGUUUAUUCGUCCGUAUUUGACGACAACUAUGCAGAAACGAGCACGUGGCCGGUCGUGUUUCUUCGUGCAAAUGAAGGAAUUAAAACCACAGCGAGAGUAACCGAUGUAGUAUUAUCUUGGCACGCGUCCACAGGACUGUAGUUGGGAGGAAGUAGGAAGUAGGAACACUCCCGAGCGUGAAACCGUCGCAGUCUGGCGCCCUCAGUAGUUCAUCACGCUUUCUCGUUUUAGGAUCAGAAAUCAAACCGCCGUGUUCAGCCCGGCUGCGUCUCGAACGUUUUCCUCGACUCCUUGAAGGGUUCGAAUGGAGGAGUCGAGGAAACACUUUUCAGCCACAUUGUUGCCAAUGUCUGGUGGCGGUGCCUCUCCGUUUCACCGCGCGUCUCGUUCCCUCGCCAUCGGACCCGCCUCCUCCUUGAACCAGUAACCCUUGGCCCCGCCCCCCCCCCAUCACGCCUACGUACACCGAGCUGCCUCUGACUUCAACACAAUGCAUGACUUUCUGUUACGACUGCAACUCUGUGUCGUAUCGCCUUUUUAUGUAGCGAACAUUUCCUGUCCUGUGAAAUCUACUGAGGGCUAGGCUAUGUUAAGCUAGGCUAGCUAGCAUGACAAGCUAACUAAGCGUGUGAAGCCGGGCUGGCGGCGCCAAUGGCGUUUUCUUCCCCCUGGAACAGACGGCGCCGCCAGCCGAGCCGCUCCGGACUCGCUUAGCUGGCGAUCUGUGGACGAUUUCCUCUCGUCUGGAAAUAUGAUUUCUGAACCUCCGUUGUUGUUGUUUUUAAGACGUGUAUUUUGUUUUAUUUUUUACUAUAUUGAACUCUAUAACUGACUGUAAUUCCAGUGUAAACGUGUUCAGAGUGAAAUUAUGACAUUUCAACAGAUCUGAAGAAGUUGAAUGUGAGAGGGGGUCAAAACGAAUGCUUUUAUGUUUUGUACAGAUUGAUAAAUUGUACAAUUGUGUCUAUAUCUUAAGUUAUCAGUUCAUCUUAAUAAAGCGCACCAGUCAUAAACCUUUA